CAUCCUGGAAAUAGCAGUUAGCUAGCCGCUGACUAAAAAUACAAAGUGGAGUGUGAAUUUUAUAAUGGGCGAAUUACAAACGUGGCUGUAGUGUAGAGAAAGAAGAUAAGGAACUAUCCAAACUGGUCUUUCCAACAUGGUCUGAGAGCUGAUUUAUGAAGAAGUCAGUUAACAAAGCUAACUAAAUGUUAGCGUAAGCUAACGUUCAAACUUUGAUGGGCAACAGCAGCAAUUCGCUAGCUAGCUGCUACUUUGUAAAUUUACUAGCACCCCAGCUAGCUAGGUAACACGUCUUGUUAUUGUAACAGAUAUGCCAACUGUCUAGCGUUGUAGGUGUUAACGUACUGUCUAGUAACGCAUUAUAUUGAUCAUUGGUUUAUGUAAAACUUGCGUCAAUGUUAUUACCAAGUAACGUCAGCUAAUUUAGGAAUAAUGACUAUUGUCAAGCGGCUAAUGCUAACGUUAGCCAUUUAAACUUUGCUGUAACUAACAUAUGCACAGUUACUCGAAAUCAGUACUGAUGCUCUUUCUUAUUUUAAUAGUGAAAUAAAUAGAACAGCUAGUGAACAGGUCCAGUCUGAAUUGCGAAUUUACACAUCUGUGUUUUCCGAUUGAUUUCAACCAAUCACAUGAGAUAAACAAUGCGAAACACCAGGAUGUCAAACGUACGGGGAUUAACGUUAGGGCAGCAUUAUUGUUUAGAAAACACAGCUGUCCGCUCAUUUCGAUAAUCAUCGUAUCCGUCAUAAUGCAGCUACAAUAGAUUUUUGUGAUUGCUAACCGUGUAGUGUAACAUACUAAAACAUUUUGCUAUCCAGUUCAUCUUAAACCGUCAGUAUAGGCUACAGUCUACUUUUCUUUAAGUUAUGCCUGGGGACGCAUCUGAUAGUAGUGAUGACUCCGAUUCAAAAACAAAUGAAAAGGCCUGCACCGUCAAGCAUCAAAUCACCAAUGCUAACCUCACAGGUCACACUGAGAGGGUUGGCAUGGAGAACUUUGAGCUGCUCAAAGUCUUGGGCACUGGAGCUUAUGGAAAAGUGUUUUUGGUCAGGAAGAACAGUGGUCAUGAUGUGGGCCAGCUGUAUGCUAUGAAGGUGUUAAAGAAAGCAGCUAUUGUUCAAAAGGCAAAGACAACAGAACAUACUCGCACUGAGAGGCAGGUGCUGGAGCACAUCCGCCAGUCGCCCUUCCUGGUCACACUCCACUAUGCCUUCCAGACGCAGAGCAAACUGCAUCUCAUCUUGGACUAUGUGAGCGGUGGGGAGAUGUUCACUCAUUUGUACCAGCGGGAUCACUUUCCUGAGGAGGCAGUGCGGAUAUAUAUUGGGGAAAUAAUCCUGGCUCUGGAGCACCUGCACAAGCUUGGGAUUGUGUACCGAGACAUCAAGUUGGAAAACAUUCUUCUAGACAGUGAGGGCCAUGUGGUAUUGACAGAUUUCGGGCUCAGCAAGGAGUUUCUGGAGGAAGAGAAGGAAAGGACCUACUCUUUCUGUGGCACCAUUGAGUACAUGGCACCUGAAAUCAUCAGAGGGAAAGCCGGGCAUGGCAAGUCGGUAGAUUGGUGGAGCCUUGGGAUCCUGAUGUUUGAGCUUCUGACGGGAGCAUCUCCUUUUACCUUGGAGGGAGAGAGAAACUCCCAGAGUGAGGUGUCAAAACGUAUUUUGCGCUGUGAUCCACCGUUCCCGUCUAUGAUUGGAUCCACUGCUCAGGACCUGCUUAGGAAGCUAUUAGUGAAAGAUCCCCACAGGAGGCUGGGCUCUGGACCACGAGGGUCUGAAGACAUCAAAGCACAUCCCUUCUUCAAGGGCCUGAACUGGGCUGACCUAGCACAGAAGAAGGUGCCAAGUCCUUUUAAGCCAGAGCUGAAGAGUGAGCUUGACGUGGGGAACUUCGCUGAGGAGUUCACCGGGAUGGAUCCCGUCUACUCUCCAGCGAGCACGCCCCCAAGCACUGGUCGCCUGUUCCAGGGUUACUCUUUUAUUGCUCCCUCCAUCCUGUUCAAUAAGAACGCGGUCAUGGGAGACUUUGCAGAAUCCCAGGUUGGUGCUGAUCGACCAGGUUCAGCAUCUGUCCAGCGCAGUGCAAUGUUAGAGGAAUCCCAGUUUUUUCAGCACUAUGAGCUGUGUCUUCACGGGCCACCUCUAGGCGAGGGUAGUUUCUCUGUGUGCAGGAAAUGCCGACACAAGCAAAGCGACGACGAGUACGCUGUCAAGAUCGUCAGCCGCAGAAUGGAGGCAAACACACAGAGGGAGAUUGCUGCUUUGAGGCAAUGUGAAGCUCACCCAAACAUCGUUAAACUGCACGAAGUGUAUACUGAUCAGUACCACACAUAUUUAGUGAUGGAGCUCCUGCGAGGUGGGGAGUUGCUGGAAAGGAUCAAGAGGAAGAAACUCUUUGGCGAGGCGGAGGCCAGUCAACUGUUACAGAGCCUGGUCUCAGCGGUCAGCUUCAUGCACGAGGCUGGAGUUGUGCACAGAGACCUCAAACCAGAGAACGUGCUGUUUACAGAUGAGGGGGAGGACUCGGUGCUGAAAGUAAUAGAUUUUGGAUUCGCCCGCCUGUGCCCUGCAGGCAGCGCCCCCCUGCAGACUCCCUGCUUCACGCUGCAGUAUGCUGCACCUGAACUUUUUGAGAGUGCAGGAUACGACAAAGCCUGUGACCUCUGGAGCCUUGGGGUCAUCCUGUACACCAUGCUGUCAGGUCAGGUGCCAUUUCAGAGUGAGCAGCGUGGGAUGACCUCAUCAUAUGCUGCUGACAUCAUGCAAAAGAUAAAAGAGGGCGAUUUCUCAUUGGAUGGGGAGGCCUGGAAGGGCGUAUCAGAGGAUGCCAAGGAGCUUGUUAAAGGCCUACUGACAGUGGAUCCAGAGAGGCGUCUUAAACUCUCUGAUCUGAAAGAGAACAGCUGGCUGCAGGGCGGAGCAUCCAUGUCCACUACUCCUUUGUGCACCCCAGAUGUGCUUGAGUCGAGUGGGCCCACUGUCCGCACUUAUGUCAAUGCCACCUACAAGGCUUUCAACCGUGGUAAGAGAGAGGGCUUCUUUCUGAAAAGUGUCGACAAUGCUCCCCUUGCAAAACGACGAAAGCUGAAGAUGACAAGCACAGGUGUGGAGACCCGAUGGAGUUCAUCCUCUUCCUCCUCCUCUUCUUCCACUUCCUCCUCUGCCUCUGCAACAGCAUCCAAAGCGCAGCCAAAGCAAACUGUGACCCCAAAGCAGAGCUAGCCUAAAACGGCAGGGAAGAGAACGGCAGAAAAAGGAAGUGGUAUGUGCUUAUACUGGCAACAUGUUGUCCCCCAGUGGUGAAAACUGGUGAAAAAACAACGUCACACAAACCAAAACACUGGUUUAGGGUAGUGUUAAGUUUUCGAUUCAAAAUUGAAUUUCACUUUUUAACAGCUUCAUUCAUCAUGCCAUAUUCUUCCCAAACCAAACAUGUAUUUUCCUUGAGUGGCUGGAAGAGAAGAUGAUAGAGGUCUAGUUUGGCAUCUUUAAGAUGAACAGAAAUCUGUGGCCUUGAGGAAAAUUAUUCUUUUUCAGUAUUCUCCUACCAUAAUAUGGUGACACUAGAAGUUGAAAAUGAGAUAUUUACCUAUUUUCACUGUGGGUAAGAAACAGUGCCUGUCUAUAUAGGGAUAAAGGGAAAAAGGAGCCAUAAAUGAGCAGAAGCCAUAUAUACAGCAAAGCGGUGAAUAUAUCAAUAGAGCCGUGCACACAAAUUUGCAAAAAGCAUAUGAAUAGUCCUUCCAGAAAUUAGCAGGCUUAACUCUUUCACCGAAUCGAGUUUUUAUUAACCCCGCCACACCUGUAAUGAUUGGUAAAGAUACCGCAGCAUUUGGCCACAAGUGCUGUACCACAUGAAGGCAGCAGUUUUGUGGAAACUGUUUCUCAUUUGUGUAGGUUGGGCAAAAAUCGAGGUGUUUGCACUAUAUGCCGAGAAUGUAAAUGAUCAAAUGUUUAAAAAAAGCAAAUUACUGGAAGGACUGAGUGCAGAGUGAAAUGCUUGUGGUAUGUGUAACCUUUGAGACUGCAGAGGAGGAAUACUCCUGCAGACAAAAUCUUCUCUACUGGAAAGAUUGCAAAGCAGUUGCACCUCCAAUACACUACCAGCUCUACAGAUCGCAUUAGACACAACGUGAGCGUACAGUAGCACCUGUAAAAACCGAUGAAGAGGCGGCCAUGAAAUGGAGUGUGAUUAUCUUGUCAUACUUGCUGUAAAUUACUUGCCUUGUUGUGCUGGUCUGGAAAUCUCUAGCAUGCUAACUUGCUGUGAUGAUUAACUGUAAGAACUUUUUCUAUAUUUUUGGUAUCUCGGGCUCACUAAGGAAACAUAACCAAGAAUGUUUUUAUGCCACCAAGCGCGGCUUGAGUGUCUGCACAAAAUGGAGCAAAAUCCAUUUUGGCGAUUUUGUGUGAGCGUUGCCUUGGGCUUGUGAAUUUUAAAAGGGUGUUUUUUUUUCUGUUGCCCGAUCAGACCAGUACCAUAUGUACCAUAUGCGGCUAUCAGAAAUGCAGUUGGAUUUGAUCCUGUGAAAUAUCAUCACCUCUCAAUUAAGCUCAGUUUUUGUCACCUGGGCUGUAAGGGUCACCCAGAUAUGUCUUUUUACAGAUGUGGUUUUAAUACAUUGUAUGGCUUUGCAAUUCAAAUUAUGUUACAGAAUGAGACACGUAAUAAUGACUUUAAUAUGGUUCUUGUGAGACCAACCAGCAAGACCUGGUGUGUACAUACUCAUCCUUGAUUUAGAGCAAAAAAGAUAGAAUGAUUAAACAUUUGAUAACUGUUUUAAUGGUAUAUUCGUUUCCUGAUGUAAUUAUGUUUUUAUUGGCCGUUUUCUUUUUUACUUGUUGCACAGUCAGUUGAUCAAUUGAACACAUUUCAGCUUUAAAGGUGCUUUCACUAAUAUUUAUUACAUGUAAUUGAUUUUAAUGCUGUGGUAAUGGGAUUGAUGAUUAAAUUGUUGUGUACCAGCACUGUGUGUGUUUGCGUGUGUGGAUGUGGGUGUGUGAGAGCAUGAGUGGCGCUGGGAGGCUGGUUAUACUGAUAUUUCUCUACCAGAUGAAGCAUUAUUGCAAGUUACUGUAUUACUUUCUUGUUGUUUGCCGCCUUUGUCUUUUGAAUGGUAACUGGUUUGUUGUGUUUGAACAUUGAAUUUUUUUCUUAAGAAACUGUACUUUUAUUGGUGUUGAUAUUCUUUUGUUGUAGUAAAUGAAAUUCUUCUCCUUUCUUUUUUUUGAGCAUUACUAUUUUACUGAGAUGCACUGUCACUGAUGUCGUAACUGGGAAUUUAUCUUUUGCACCAAGAUUUUUUUGGUUGGUGCAAAAUAAACAUUACUUUUAAAUAGA